AGGAAGCACUAGGUGUUGAAAAUUAUAACGCAUAAUCUCAACCAUAAAUAAACCAAAUCAACAAUCAAUGAAAUCAAAUGCUCUACGUCACUGUUCAUUUCUAAUCCGAACUAACCCCCAAAAUUAUAUAUGUAGAUCCACCUUCUCUCUUUUUCCAUCACCACACACUUCAUUUUUUCAUUCACGUCUUUUUGCAGAACGUCAAACCGAAUCCCGAUUUCAAUUUUCUCUUUUCCAAAUUUUAAUGGCUCCUCCAACAAAGGCAGAAAAGAAGCCUGCAGAAAAGAAACCUGCGUCAGAAAAAUCACCAUCUGCGACCAUAGCGGUAGAGAAGAAACCGAAGGUAGAAAAGAAGAUAACAAAAGAAGGAGGGAGCGACAAGAAGAAGAAGAGGGUGAAGAAAAGCGUUGAAACCUACAAGAUCUACAUAUUUAAGGUUCUGAAGCAGGUUCACCCUGACAUUGGGAUCUCGAGCAAAGCCAUGGGGAUCAUGAACAGUUUUAUCAAUGACAUCUUUGAGAAGCUCGCUCAAGAAGCUUCUAGAUUGGCUAGGUAUAACAAGAAACCAACAAUCACUUCUAGGGAGAUCCAGACCGCUGUACGGCUUGUCCUCCCCGGUGAGCUUGCCAAGCAUGCCGUCUCUGAAGGCACAAAAGCUGUUACAAAAUUCACCAGUUCUUGAAUUCGGUUUUACUACUACUCUCUCUUUGGUUAGAUUUUUCUUUGAUCCCUAAUUUGUUCAUCAUUCAAUUAGGAUUUUAUUUGGUUGUGAUUAAAAAUAGAUUUUUACUUUUAAAAUAAAAUUAUGUUGAGAUUGUAGAUGUAAUGCUAAAGAUUUUGUUGUUAAUAGAAAAGUUAA